AUGACUUCAGGAGUUGAUGGUCCGUUCGAAACUUCUUCCAAAAGCUUUACAGGUGUGGAGACCCAAAGGAUAAGGCGACGUUCUCCAGAAAGUCGUGCGUUCGGCAAAGGUAUCUUUGAAUCGCGUCACAGUUCCUCAAGCAGAAAUAGAGAAGGUUCUACGAUAUCAUGGCAAUUGAUCUGUUCUAGUACUUCAGUCGCUGUCAGCUCGUUUUUGGUUUUCCUUCUCGGAGUUAAUAUUGUCAUCCAAUACCGGACCAUGGUGCUCGAGGACAGAGCAGGUCUGAUUCGUAAGAGUUUCUACCUCAUUUUCAGCGUUCUAGCAAUUUACGCGAUAGUUCAGUUCAACGUUUGGCUGCUCGCUAAGUUGAAACCCUCCUCGGUCAGACGCAGUCGGGACUCCGUAAACUACGAAAGGCUAAGUAGCGUCGAGGCUAACAUAGAGCUGGAUAGCUUGAACUAG